CGCGUUCUGCGCCCCACGUGAGUCGCUGAGCUGCGCGCCGGUGCAUUUCCAACGGGUGAAGCGAGUGUUGCGGCGAAGCGCAACCAGGCAUCGCAGGCAACCCAUCCCAAGACGGGGCGCAUCGAGCGCAGCGAUGGCGUUCAAGACGUUGCGACGGGCGUUAAGUCAGAUCUUGCUGGUGACGAUCGGCACCUGCUUGGGACUCUGGGUGUGUCUCAGGAUCGGCUUACAGGUGCUGUUUAAAGGGAAGUCCAUACUGACGCCCAAGCAGCGUCCCGAAGAGCCGGCGUGUCUCCGCGACCCGGCUCUGGGAUCCCACGAAUUCGUCACUUUGCAGGAUGUGACGCUGCACUACGUGUCAGCCGGAAGUCACGACAACCCGCUGAUGGUGUUCGUGCAUGGUUUCCUGGACACGUGGUACACCUGGGAGAAGCAGAUACGGCACUUCCAAAAGGACCACUGGGUGGUCGCUGUGGACAUGCGCGGCUGUGGCCUGUCCAGCAAGGCACAGCAAGUGGAGGACUACCUCAUGUCACGUACAGUGGACGAUAUCAGGAGACUCAUUUUGUCACUGGGCCGGAGGAAGGCGAUUCUGGUGGGCCACGGCCUGGGUGGCAUGGUGGCCUGGGUGCUGGCCACCAAGCAUGAGGACAUGGUCGACCGCCUGGUGGUUGUCAACGGCCCCCACCCGUUGGCUUUCCGCUACCAGCUUGAAAACAGCUUUGCACAGAUGCUCAAGUUGUGGUACAUGGUGACUUUCCAGAGCCCCAAACUACCCGAAGCCGUGCUCAAGGCAAACGACUUUGAGCUCAUCGACAAAGCUCUUGGGCCAUCGCAGGUGGACGUCAAAGAGGUUGCGAAGCAUUCCCUCUCACAGCCAGGAGCUCUCACGACGGCGUUGAAUCACUACCGCGCCCUGUGGCGGAAAGACGAGCGCCUCCGAGACCUGCGCUUCCGCUACCUCAACACGCCAACGCUCAUCGUGUGGGGCCAGCGUGACCGCUACCUGACGCUCAAACUCGCACAGCUCAGCAUCCUGCAGGCCUUUGGUCGUGUUGAGUACCUGGCCGACGCGGGACAUUGGGUGCACAGGGAACGGGCCGACCGGGUGAACGACCUCAUCCGGCAAUUCUUCAAGAGCACCGAGGCCCUCUGCUAGCGCCUGGACGGUGCCCAUGAACGUUUACAUGCGAGUGCGUGACUGGAAAAACAGCUGUACUUUUCUAGUGAAACAAGAGUUCCAGGACUCGUGAGACUCCCGAACGCUGUUGUUGUGUGUGCAUGAACGUGGAAAUGCAAAUGUCCAGCUCUGACUCAACUCAAGCCAAGCCACUCUGCCAUUUGCAAGGGUGUCUUUAAAUAGAGGUGCAAUUGUCGAUAGUUUGGACCAUAUCAAUGAAAAUGGGUCGUACUUGUCGCGGUACUGCCUGGGUUGUAGGCCAUCAUGCACAGCCGAGUUGGGCGGUGUCGUGUUUGAGAUGUGUACAGUCUUCUGAUGGCUCUGUUCGCCUUCUUCCAUAGGUCUCAGUGAAGCUUCUUCUUGUUGUUAAGCUUCACAGAGUGUAGUGCUUUGCUGCCACAAACAUGUGGGAGGCAUGUGAAAACGUAAACUAGUGCUGCUAUUCUUGGCUGACUUCUGUCAAAUUAGUUCUUAGAAGAAUCACGGGAAUCGUGCUCUGUGCACCAUGCAUGUAGUAAAGCAUGUGCAUGUGGUGUGAAUCAUGUCACACUGGGGGCGCAUUUUAUUUAUCAUUCUGUGAUUGUGCAAAGUUCUUGUUUUUUUGUGUGUUUUUUUUUUCAUGUGCACCGACUCAUCUGUAUUAAGCAGACAGACACAGUAGCUCCUGUAGUUGUGGACAGCUUUUUAAGUCAGUUGUUUUUAACCCUUAUGCCAUUGAGUUAAUUAAUGUGCGGUCAUGUCAUUGUGUUGCAGACAAUAUAUUCUUCUUUUUUUCUUAUCUGUUCCCUAACGCAUGCAGUAAGGACUGAUGGGCAUCCUCUAGGUGGUGUUUAGCCAGAAUGUUUUUUUAGAAAAAGAACUUCAUUCAGAAGUGUUUUGAGAUGAGUCAGCAGAGUGAUAGGGGAGCUGAGAGAGGGGGGGCUUGCACAGGUGGGGGUGUUUGAUUGGUGUUUUACGGUACUUGGAGACAGCUUUUCUUAGCUAUGAAGCGAAUUCUGCGGAAACAAAGCGGGGCCUGUUUUACUGCUGCUGGAAGUAGUCCCGCAGUUUCGUUCACAUUUUCUUAGUGGUAAAUAGAAAAUAAUAUUUAGUUUUUGUUUUUUAACUGCCGAAUUUAAAAUGGUGCAUAACAUUCACGAGUCAGCUACUGGUAUUUUAUUGUAUGUUUAGUUUGCCCUUUCGAACUUCUGUGCAUCCGAGACCGUCGCAUUUUUUACACAUUCCUCAAUGGCAAAAUGGCGCACGCAUCUUCUGGUGAGUGUUCGUCGCUUGCUGUCCUGCCAAUCAACUCUCCUGAGGGCUGUUGAAGAAUUUCAGCAACAAAAUACUGCCAAGGCACACAAAACAAAUGCUUGCAGCUUCUGCGCUGUUACUAAGCGAACUGCCUCUAAAUAUCGCAACCAUCGGCAUGUACAAAUGAGUGAGCAAGCUAGCUGACUGCGGCGUUGGCACUUCCAACGCCAGCGUCGGUUGCGCGUUCCAAGUCCCAACCGAUGCCGAGAUCAAACGGCCGCUUUGAGGUUCCGGUGCAGGCUGCAUUGCUUGCUGUUCAGAACUGUUCAGAACUCUGUACAUAUCAUAUUAGUAUGUAAACAUUGAUUGAUUCACAUCAAGUUAAUUGUCUCUUCCUUCACUAAAGUAAAGGACUUGUGCAAAGUUGAAGAAACCCAAACUGGUGCCGAGCUCGUCUGGACUACAUACAAAUGUACUCCUUUGCAGAAGCGCCGCCCCCAUAGCUUUCUCUUUCUCGGCAAGAAAAGUUGUCCGCAAGUAUAGAACGAUGGUUUCUAAUGAUGUCAUUUUGAAACACCAAAUGCUACUUUUUCAAGGUAUGAAUGCUGAUGCAUUGACUUGCAGGUGAGAACAACUUUCAGCUGCUGCAAUUUCUUUUAUGCUCCUCUGGAAGCGUCGAGUCAGCACUGCCUUGUUAACCUUAUUUUCAUUUAUAACUUAACUGAUUGGGUUAGUUGGUGUUGAAACAUCUUGUGGGAAAGCGCUUUUGCACGAGAUCUUUCUUUAUAGUUGCACAGCAUGGCAUUGUGGUGGGGUUUUUGGAGUAGAUGAAGAAACAGUGCAGUAUGGAAAAAAAAAAGUUCUAGCUAAAGAAUCCAUACAAUCAGCCUUUUGAGACAGAGUUUAUGGAUAGUGCUGCUUUAAACUAGGGCAUUAAGAGUUUGCAAUGAAAUGUCACUGCUUUUGCAUGCCUGUCGUGCUCUUCUGAAUGUAUCUGUCGUAGAGUUGCACUAAUUUUGGCAACUGUGCAUAACAACUAUUCUUUUGUUGCAUGAAAAUGAUCAAACUCAAUAUUUAUGCAUUUUCAGUAGGGCCUCAUUUUUGCUACCUGCAGGUGUACUCAGAGGGUUGAGAGUCUGUGUAUUCAUACUGACUGCAUUCCAAUAUACCUCAAUGUAACGAAUCAUGAGAUAUAACAAAGUAGGCACAAAAUUUUGUUGGCAAUUACUUACUUUGAUUAGUGUUUUACUGCUAUAACAAAACAAAAUUCGGUAUCCACUGCAGCGUAGAAUAUAGCAAAGCAAAGUUUUGUUUGCACAUGGCUUCAAGUGCUAUGCACACCAGCAGCUAAAAGCUGCAACCCUCGCAGCUUCGAAUGCUCUCCUUUGUGCAGCUAAACCAUUAUACUGAAAAGAUAAGUGCUUUGGUCACUGGUGCUAUUAACGAAAAACAGAGUCCAUCUCAGACGAAAGCUUUGGCUUGGCCUGGUUUGGUUUGCAUAGUUCUGCAGCUCCAACCACGGAUUUGUUAGCAGCAAUUUUUAUUCGUUCUUUUACAACGAAGUUCUGGCACAACGAACAAAAUUUUGCUGUGAAUGCAAAUAAUUAAAUUAUGGUUCAACUGUAUAUACUCUCUAUUGCAGCUACUGUGAGCCACCUUUAGCCUCCUUCUUUCUAUAGAAGAUAUCUUUCUAGCCUAAUGUUUUUAUCCUAGAGAGAAACAAUAUUCGAUAGAAAUAUAUUCACCUAUGUCUAUGGUGGACAGAAAUGACAAAAUUUUAAUACUCCAGAAAUAUACGUUUUCCUUUGCAACCAUAUUUGAAAGUGUACAGAUUACAGAGACAUAGUGGUUAUAAAAAAUGCCUUUUUGGCAGCAAUAGUGGUAGCUGCAGUCCUUUAUUCUUGCUGCAAGUUUUUUAGGAUAGCAAUCUCUGCUAGUGCUGCAUGGCAAAGCCAUCAAAACGUUGCGUGAUGGCAACUAUCCUGUAGUUGUUGAUUACACCACUACGACUUGCUUUAGCUACACUUAAAACAACCAUACUAAAAUUGGUAGAUGCAGUAUCGCGAAGGUUGAAGAAAUUAACUAAAUGUUACCAAGGUAACAAGUGUGGCUCUUGUGUGUGUUAAACAUGCAAUAGGCACUGUUUUGUACAAUAGCGCCUUAAAUCCAAUUCUCUGUAGGGAGUAGCGGCAGGGGUUUUUGUAUUGUGGUAACGAGCAGUGUACAUGACAAUGCAGUGGUCUCGUGACUUUGCUGUGGCUUUUUCUUUUUUCUUUUAACUUUAUGGUGUCAUGGUACUCAUUUCUGGGCAUUUUAUGAUUUCCAAAUAUGUGAAUAUGCAAGGAAGUAGUAAGGAAGUACAGCUCAUGCUGAGGCAGUAUUGCCAUGACAGUGUGGCAGUUGUGAUUUAAAACAACUUUUUUCACUGCUUGUUUUAUGACCCAGAUCUCUGCUGACACUGUUACAAACACAUGUAGCUGUUUGUGCCAAAUUGUAGACAUUAUUCUGUCUGGGCAUGGGCACAGUUUAGUAUGUUUCCAAUCUUGCGGUGUUCACUUUCAUUUCUUUCAGGUGUCAGUAGAGGUUUGUAAUGUUUGACACUCCUCCGAAAUGGGUGUAUUUUGAUCUGUCAAGAAGACACAUAAAAAGCAGUGAUUAUCAUCAACAAUAAAUAAAUGAAGAGGAAAACAACUUUCUUAGAAGUGAAUUUCUUCCUGUGCUACAGAGCUGAAGCUUAGUAGGCAUGCUUUGAAGUAAUAUAAAUAUUAUACUGUAUUUUUUUUUUUGCCAUACAGAAUUAUUAAAAAUCGACCUUGGCAUGUAGCAUAAUUCUAGUCCUUAAGCUGGAUUACUCAGACAGAUACUACUUGCAUGAUAAAUGAAAUGCAUAAUCAACAUAUGAACAAAAAUUGAAAAUAACUUUUCAAUUAUUAUGUCACAGCACAUAUUGCAACCUACUAAUUAUAGCCAGCAACUUUCCAAAUGUAUCUACUUGAAAUAAAUUUUCAUGACGACGCCA